UUCUUGCCCACCACCUUUCUCCAGCAGACGUUGGCGAUUGAAGAGGAAGCGGUAGCGGAGGAAGCGACUACCGUAGCAGCGAUAAGUCAGGCAGCAACGGCCAACAUGGACGUGAGCUCCACGAGCAAUGACAACUGGCUAUGGUCUUCCUCACGGCCUCCCAUCUCAAAAAUCUUACUCUCUUCCUCAUCACGUCCCACUUUACCUAAUACCGACUUCGCCGAUUCCUUUGGAGCCCAAUGCACCGCUCCCAGCUCAAUCAAUGCUAGGCGGCGUAUUUGCACCGACGCCUGUAAGCCAAGCAUCAGCCUGGGUUGGCCGGCGGCAUUCGUACGCGGGCAGCUGGGAAGCAGGAAGAGAGUGCUACUACAGUUCUCGAGCGAGUUCUCAAGCAAGAGAUGGCGAAGCUGCAAAGGCGCACUUCGCAGCUGGAAAGUGUGGUGCAAGGGGUGCGGAGGCGGACAGCGGUCGGGAGAAGAGGAGUGGGAAGUCAGUGCGGUGCUCGACUCACGUGUGGAGGGAGGGUUAGCGCUAGAUCAAGUGCUGUUCGUGGACCGGAAGACGUCGGAGGAGCCGGCGCAGCAUCUGCUUCCCCGCUUUCAGGAACUGGUGGUGAGCAUCCAUCACUGCGCUCUGAGCAAGGCGCGCAUUGUAGGCGACGUUGGCAGGGUGAUGGAGAGGAUGUGCGCGGUGGCUAUGGCGGGUAGCUGUGGCGGGAGUGAGGGUCGGAGAGGGAGCAUAGGGGUGGAUGCGGGUAGGAUGGUCACUGCCAUGAGGUUCGGUUAAAGUGAUCUAGGUGUCGAUGAUGGUGAGUGGGAGGGCGGAGAAUGGAGGAACGCAUGCAUGUAAACGGCGUAGGGCAUGUAGAUCCGGAUCGGUGUUGUCGAUGACUGAUUGCGCUGGCAUGUGCAAGGAAGUGCUCCUUGUCGCCUCAAUGCUCACACCCACUGAUGCAGAUGAUCACCUUGGGUGAGG